AUGCUUUGGUUGCUAUGGUUACAGGUCUUGUCUGAAACUCAGUUUGAGCGAGUUGGUGGUACAAGCAUGGGAGGAGGAACGUUCUGGGGCCUGGGCUCUCUGCUCACCAAAGCCAAGGUACUUUUCUUGCGGGACAAUUAAGCAAUUCCUUAUCUCAUACACAUCCGUUUCUUGUGCCGUCACAUAACGCUUCUCCUGUGGGGAAGAACGUUGCGUGACAACACAAACAACGGCUGCGUACUAGGCAAUAGGUACCUUAAGAUCUGACGAUGCGACGGAAACGAAAACGUCAAAAAAAACAAUAACAACUUCAGGAGAGUUUGACAAAGUAAGUGGGUAAGAAUAAUCGCGAUAAAAAUUGAAAGAACGCAAAUUCACUUUUUUAAGCGACAUUUUCGCUGCCAUCGCGUCCUUUGAUAUUAAAGUCCCCAAUGCCAAGCGGGCAUUACGCUCGCUCUUGUAUAGUAGUUAACGAGAACACAGGCCUCGCUGCAUCUUCCCGCUUCCGAAGCUUACCAUAUGGUAAUAAAUGUUAUUUAAUUUGCAGGGUUUUGAUGAUUUACUAGAGCUGGCGACAAAGGGGCGCCACCAGAACGUGGACAUGCUGGUAUGACAGAUUGGUUUUCUCAGACUUUGAAGAUUUUUUUAGAUAUUUUUCAAGACUAAUAUAUUUUUUUUACAUCGCUACAAGUCGUUUCGCUGCAACCAAGUUUGUGUAUUAAACAGUUUAAAACAAUUUAGAAUGAACUACAAACGGGUUAAGUUAGCGAAACGACUUUACAACUUUGCAGCGAAUCGACGUCAUUAUGCAGCGAAACGACCAUACUCCGAUGGUAUGGCGGGCUACGGGCUCUCUCCACUUCGUAACUUCGUGCUCUCAUAUCGAAUAAAAAAUUCCUAGGCGUUACUAAAUCUUACUACGAACAUUCUCAAAUAUCUUGUAUCCAAUUUUCAUUGAAUGAAGGCUAAAGGAAGGGACAAUUUGCAACUGAUUUUAGCUAUGGAGGAAAUAGAAGAUAAACAGAAGCUGAUAAAGAUAAAAUUCAAAGCGAGGUGGUAACUCAGUGCGACGUAACGCCUUCUGGUUAAGGACUGCGUUCAGUUUUUUAUUUGUUGUUGUUGUUUUCGCGGUUCAGUGUUUUUAAACUUUGGUUCAGUUUUUAGUCACAGCAUGGAAAUCAAUCGGCAUCUAACUUCUUCUUAUAAUAUCGAAUACAUUAUCCAAACGGAAGGUGAAGGGAAUUGGCGAAUUUCAAUGCCAGAGGAUGAUCAAAACCCAAAUUCUCUAAACUAAUAUACGGUAAAAUAUAUAGCAUCCAGAAAGAAGAAUUACUAAUCACAUCUUGAACGUCUAUUGCCCAGGUGAGAGACAUCUACGGUGGCGCGUACGAUACAUUGAAACUACCAGGAGAUCUAACAGCGAGCAGCUUUGGAAAAACGGUGCGAUCUCCGCGGGAUGAACACCACGGUUUGUAUUAACUUAUUUUUACUUCUUACAGGGGUAGAAUUAAAAGUUCGCGCGUUAAGGACGUCGUUUCCUUACAGGACUCUUACAACAGAGAUAAAGCUUGUUUAAUUAUGGUUUCUUUUUCCCUUUUAGCUGGACAGUUCGCCGAAGCAGACAUUGCUAAGAGUCUUUUACAUAUGAUCAGUAACGACAUAGGCCAGGUAAGGUGAAGUACAAGUCUUAAUGUGCAUGUGGAAAGGUACUCAGGCAGCUUACAUUCUGUCAGAGCCGGUCGGCAAUACAAGGCCUGUUGUAGAGAGAACAGGAAGCUUAAGCAAUCACGAUGACAGCGACAAGAACGUCAACUUUGAACGUUGACUUUGCUAAAUACAGUGAUAUAUCAACAGUACGAGGGGAUAGCGCUCGGAAAGGAUCAACAGCGACUUCCGGUGCCCAAUUUCCCGCGCUGUCAUUGGUCAAGCCAACAGAUUUUCCUUUCUAGAGGUUUAUAGUUUUAUAGCUAGAGCCCCCCUCCCCCCCGCCCCCCGAGAGCUUGAUCGCAGGUUUAUACUUUUGUUUUGUCCAAUUUUAGAUUGCCUCGCUUUAUGCCAAGCUGAAUGGCUUAAAGAAAAUCUACUUUAGUGGUUAUUUCAUCCGCGGUAAUCCAGUCACGAUGCAUACUAUCUCCUACGGCAUCAACUACUGGUCCAAGGUAAGCAUGCUUUAGUUUUCUUUGGGAGUGAAACGUUUAUCAAAUAUCUGUCAAAGAGUUGUAGGAGACAGUGCCAUUAACUUUGCUGGUUUCUUUUAUUUUGAAAAUAGUUCUUUGUGCCCAAAACACCUUUUUAAGUAGUAAAGUGGUGUGGGAAUUAUCCGUUUUUUGUGUUGGCGUUUCACUGGUACUGAUGUAUACAUGGGGAAUUUUUCAGGGAACUCAACAGCCUUUAUUUCUGAGACACGAAGGUUAUCUUGGUGCUAUUGGAGCGUUCUUAAAAGGAGCUGAUGAAGACGGUACGUUUAAGUCCCUUUUUGUACAUCAUCAUGUGUUUCAAAAACUCAUCAAAAUAAUAAGAAGGAUAUAAAAUUAGCCUAUCAAAUUGGAAAACACACACCACAGGGGAAUUGUCACUUGCCCUAAGAGCACAUUUUUCAUUUUUCAUCUUUUAUUCAUUAUUAUUUUCGAUUUAAGAAUACCGUGUGUGAAUUACCUUCUUCCUUUCACGAACACCCUCAGUGCGAUAGGCACUUUUUGGUGUUUCUUGCUGACACGAUUGUUGUCCAGUUUUAUGUAUAUUCCAUCCUUCCCCGCAGCGCCCGCGCUGAAAAUCGUUGCUCAUUGGUUCAUGGCAGGAGCUCUUAACCCGGAACUCCCAUACUGAGCCUAUGUCAUGGCGUUUUUACGGACCAGUUUAUUUUUAGAUACAUUUUAGGGUACUUUUUCUCGCGAAAAUAGAAUCUGCACCAUGUCUAUGAGCGCAUUUGAAGUAUAAGAUAUCAAAAAGGAAAAAUAAAAAUAUAUACCAUUUUUAGGUCUGUAGGUUUUGCUAACUGGCUUGUGGAAUUUAAAAGAUACUCAAAAUUCGCGCAAAACCAUUCUAAAAGUAAACUUGGAAGUUGCUCACUCCGGGUUAUUGCCUCCUUUUCGUGGCCAUCAUCACUAAUCUGUGUAACCUUAAUUAUUCAACAUUUACAGUUGACUUUUCUGUAAGCAAACUUAACGGUUUGACAUGGAGAGAGAACUAUGCAGGAAGUUCUGGUCUGUCAGCUGCAAAACGGCCUGCUGAUUUGAUGAGUGCAAGGAAUGCUGAUUCUGUUAGGGUAAGCUGUAUUGGUUUGAGACUUUUGAGUAUAUCGUCAACUUCAUUAAGAUAUCCAGUGUUUUAGACUCGACAGAUCACGAAAUAAGAGUUUACUGAAAGGUAGUCUCCUUCGCAGCCGCUUGAACCGUAGUCACGCAAUGCUCCUCGCUCCAACGCGUGGGGGCGGGGAGCAUUGCGUGACUCCUACCCUAGCGGCGGCAAAGUCACGCAAUGCUCCCCGGUUACAAAACCUGUGGUUGUAGACUUUUUCAUUUUUCCAAAAAUCCUUAGGUUUUUGGAUUAUUUUAACUUAGAAAAUUAGAUCUUAAAGCUUAGCUCUAUUUUAUCAUUUUAAAAAAGACAAAAUAAAAUCAGAGUUUUCUUCAUAAAUUAGGCUGAUUUAGCGACAGAACGGGAACCCCAGUUGACGACGGCGCGUGUAAAUCAAACUACAGGCUUGACCAAUGGCAGAGCGGCAAAUUGAGCACCGGAAGUCGUGUUUAGUCCUUUCUGCGCGCUUUCUCUUCGUCAACUGACGUUCCCGUCUUGUUGCUAAAUCAGCCAAUUGUCAAAGCUAAGGUGAAUCGGCUACCAUGAAAAGAUUCAAAACCUGACGUUUCGAGCUUUUCUAUCUCAUCACAGUGGCAAAAUUACGUUAUCAACUCAGUCAUAACUGAGCUAAAUUAUUCAGUUUUAAGGGCUGUCUAUGAAAGGCAUUCCUGUGGUUUAAUUCAUUCAUUUAUUCAUGUAUUUCAGUGUGACGUUUUAGAGAUGGAUCAAUUUACUCACACGCUCGUUCCAUUCCCUCUCCUCGCUUCCCCCGGAGACUACUUCCCUGACACCCAGGACCUCACGGUUGAUACUGAGGCGAGAGAAUAUUGGUUACAAUGCUUCGAAGACGCGUUGGACAAAGUAAGGUUGAUUGUUUUAAAAUCUCUUGGGCUUUAUUUUAGUGUUCUCGAUUUCUGCCUUAUUGAAGCAAACUUCGGGCAGACUUUCGGAUUGGAAUGCAUCAUUUAAACGUUGAGUUCACCGAUUAAUUGACCACUGUUCAAACGGGGGGUCAAGUUAACUUUUACUUCUGGGAACUUCUGGCACUGUUAGUAGUGGGGGGAAACAAGUGGCCAAUAGCUGACCGGCGCGUCCCCAGUACCAACCCUCAAACAAUUGCGGGACAUAUUUCGGCUCCGGUCUUCUUGUCGUUUCUAAAGUAGCGAAUGUAGCGAAUAUUAAAAGACUGUAAACAAAUCUAUGGUGUUCGUUUUUAGCGCAAGUUCAACGAAUUCAGUGUUAUGCUCACUUCUAUUUAAUGCCUUUAGGUUGUCGAGCGAGCAAUAGCCUGCCAACCUGAGUCCACGGAUGCCAAAGAAAGAGCAGAAAAGUUUCGCAAGAAAUUUUGUCUUCGUCUGAAUGUUCUCAAGCAACAGCCUGCGUGAGUUUCUUAUAAAAUUCAUUCUUUUGCCUCUGCUCCUAAUGUUCCUAAUUUAAUCGGCAUUUGCCACUCUAAAAACAAGAAGAGGACUGGCGGUGAAUGUCCCGCAAUGGUUCCUGGGAUCGUUACUGGUGACGUGUCGGUCAGCUAUUGGCCAAUUUUUCCCCGUCCCUUGUAACAGUCCCAGAAGUCUUAACGAAUGUAAACUCGUCCCAGUUUCUUUCUCGUUUCUAAAGUGGCGAAUUGCUCAGCUAAUGUGGCGAGUUGUUUCCUUUUCUUUUCGUCACAGGGCUUACGGAACAUUGAAUGUACGCAGUUUGUUAGACGUCAGAGAACAGUACCUCAACGAGUUUAGCUUUCCUGAUCCUUACGCAGAGGUAAUGACUCAAGCGGAUUCAUCGAUUAUGAACUUUCAUCUCAGGCUAAGUUGAUCUGACGCCUUUUCAAUACGCAUCGUUUUAUCGCUCAGUGGUGACCCACCACAGAGCGGCAAACAAGCCAUUUUAGACAUGUGCGAUUUAGUUUUGAAUAAUCGUUCCCCGUCUUUUAUUGUUAAUCCAGUUUCCUUUGCCGUUUUUCCGUCAGGUAAAACAACAAGAAAACGAGGCUGCCCUUCUUCUCUUGUCCAAACGACUUGAAGAAUUAGACACGUUGCCAUGGGAACUGCGGCAGCGUGCUUUGGUAAAAGGAGUAAUAGCAGGAAACUUUUUCGACUGGGGUGCAAAGGAAGUCGCUAAGUAACUAAACCUUCAAGAUGUUAUAACUUAAUGCGAUAUUCUGAAACGAAGACAAAAUUUCAAAACAUAUUACAAACAACUGCAUCUGUAAAAACACACAUUAAUUUUACUGCUCCACUCAUAAAGAAAUUUAAAGCUUAAAUUCCUUCGAGUAUUCCUCAUUCUAAGCCCUUUUUCUCGCCUUUUUACCCACUGCCUGUUUUUCACUUCAGUUUCCGGUCAUUUUAAAAACAAACCAUCCACCUUCAUACACAAACCGUCCCCUGGCCCUUGCUUUUUAAAAUCAAACCUUUUUUCGCCUUUUUCAAGGAACGUCUAAAAUGCUUUUAUCCGAACAACUUUUUUCUUCUUUAGACUCAUGGAAGAAGGUCAUUUUGACUUUGGCUCAGCAAUGAAGAAGUUGCAAGGUAAUAUAACGCGAUUAUACCCAGUAUUUUUUGACAGUACCUUCUCCAGAACUCUAUAUACUCAAAUAUGUUUCUGCUAAACAUUUAAAUUUGCAUUUAGCCCGGCCGUGGUUGAAAGAUGACCUGCAUGCGUGGAUUGAGCGAUUAAAGGUCAGUCUUCUUUUAAAUAGCUCAGUCGCGUGUCCCUUAUGGCAACGUAAUUGUAUUGUAUUAUUCACUGACGAACGCAUCUGCAGUUUUAGUAGUCUACUCGACUUUUUUAUUGCAGGGACCUCCUCAUAAAUUGGCUGUCGUAUUUGUGGACAACAGCGGCGUGGAUAUUAUAUUAGGAAUGUUUCCUUUUAUCAGAGAACUCCUUUCACGUGGAACAAAGGUAUAGUAGCUAUUUGAAGCUGUCCUAUAGCUAAAAGCCAGCGGAAAAUAAGAAGCCUUCGUUUCGUAAGGUUGGGAAAUAUCGUGCACUUGCGGGGAGAGACUGAACUGGGGGCCAAACGAGAUUGAGCGGUUUUUUAAUCUGCUGAACAAUGCCACCGAAAGCAAGGAAAAGAAAAAUAGAACCUCUUUCUCAGGAAUGGAAAUAAAGCUUUAUUACUAAGUUGCUUGCAAACUAGCAAGCUUUAUUGGCAGGUUUUUGGAGGCUUGUUGACGUGUUUGUUACUCUUUUUUCUUGUCAUGCCCUUACAAAACAUUUUAUAUAAGAUUUGCGUGAUGCGUGACUAUUUUGCGUGACAUUUUCAGGUAGUUAUGGCUGCCAACUCAUACCCAGCCCUUAAUGAUGUUAUGUUCAGUGAACUUGUAAUUCUAACCGAGAGUGUAGCAGAUUUAUGCCCCGAAAUAAGGUAUGCUUGGCUAUUGUUUUCUGUGAUUGACAAGUGAGAAACAGAUACUGACUCUGGUAUUGAUCUAUCAUCAUCACCAUCAUCGUCAUUUCAUCAUUAUCGUCGUCACUCUCAACACCAUCAACGCCGUCAUCCUCUCAUCAUCUUCCACUGCACUUUAUUUGAGUAUCAAUGCCUAAAGUGAGAAUGAACUGACUGAAUGAACUAUAUUUUUACGUCUCCUACUAAAGACUCGACCGUCAUUUUACGUGAUCAUUCGAGACACGCGAAGGUCUAGCUGUGAGCAAGGCAAAAAGCAAAUAAUACUCUGGGUACUGUUCCCGUUCCAAGGAUCAAACCCACCACCUCCCGCUCUGCAGACAAAUCCUCUAACGACUUAGCUAGUCCUGCCGCGGUCUAUAUAUUUAUCGUACGACUAUCAAAUUAGGGAAAUCAUUGUAGAGAUAAAAAACAGGAAGUAUUUCCAACAGAAUUACUUUAAGUAUAGUCAUAUGCAUAUAUAGACUAAUUUCUACUGUUUGGUUUCGUUGUGUCGCUAACUACUAGAGCCCUGUUACCCACUUGCUAAAAUGUUACUAUAAAUGUUUACCUGUCCUAGGGCUGCAUAUAAGGAAGGACGCUUAGUUCCCAUGGAGUCAGGAAUCGGAUCCCCCUGUUUAGACUGCAGGUAUGUCGAUGUCUUUUUAACAAGUCUUCUACUCAUCGCAAGACCGAAUACAUCUUCUUCUAAACAUACCACCUGA